CGUGAGCGCAUGUUCAGCGCGAGACAUGAGGAGGAGAAAUUGGCGAGAGGACAAACGCUAUCCAGUCGUCAUCCACAUGACCAUGAAUGUUGGUGUGUGCACGUUUGUGCAAUCCUAAAGCGAACUGAACACCUGGAUAAAAUAUUUCCCUUCCAUCACGACCUCGCUCCAUAUAUCGUAACAGGAUGAAAGUGCAAAGUGAGUGAGCAUGGAGAACACGAGUUCGAAUCACCAGGAGAUCUGGGGUCCACGUCGAGCCCCAUUAGAUGAAGCCAUCCCCGUCACGAUACUUUACAUCCUCAUCUUCUUCACGGGGGUGACGGGAAACCUCUGCACGUGCUUCGUGAUCGCCCGGAACCCUCACAUGAGGACGGCCACCAACUACUACCUUUUCAACCUGGCCGUUUCGGAUCUCCUCUUCCUCGUCAUCGGUUUACCAGAGGAACUCUAUCUCCUCUGGAGUCGCUAUCCUUACAUAUUUGGCGAAAUGUUUUGCGUCGUAAAAGGUCUCGUCUCCGAGACUUGUACCAAUGCCAGCAUCCUCAUCAUUACCGCCUUUACGGUCGAAAGGUACAUAGCCAUCUGUCAUCCGUUGAAGGCGGCCACGAUGUCGAAGCUGGAACGAGCGACGAAGAUCAUCAUAGGGAUAUGGAUCGUGGCUUUCUGCUCCGCGGUACCGCAGGUUAUCCCGUUCGAAGUCAGGACGGCGACCACGGACAACGGGACGGUCAUCCCAGAUUUCACUGCUUGUGACGUGAACCAGAGUUAUGUCACGUAUUCCCAGGUCGCCCUCCAGGUCUCCACCCUCCUCUUCUUCAUCUUCCCCAUGGUCCUCAUCUCGGUUCUCUACAUCAAGCUCGGUUGGAAACUUCGACAUUCCGGAUUUCGAUCGAUCCAAGUGGAGUGCAAUGGGGAUGUCACCGAUAAUUGUCCUCUCUCCAAGACUCCACGACAUUCCACUGAUGCCGUCAUCAAAAUGCUUGUGGCCGUGGUGAUAGCAUUCUUCGUAUGCUGGGCCCCAUACCAAGCCCAGAGGUUGUUGGCCAUCUACGGUCCAAGCCAGAACCCGAACGACGAAAGUCUACGCAGGGCCUACCAAGUCCUCACUUCCGUCUCGGGAGUCUUCUACUAUCUCUCGGCCACCAUCAACCCUAUCCUCUACAACAUCCUUUGCUCCAGAUUUCGCGAGGCGUUCAAGGUAUUCCACUCAUUCAUUAUUUUUCGUCUCCUCAUUGCGACCAAUCCGGUGCUGUAUGCUAUAGAUUCGGCUAACAAUGGAAUACGAGCGCUCUUGGAGACUGCAAUUAGCAUGGAACUUCUUUCG